AUGCUGAACAGUAUAUUUUUCAUAGCCGUCGCCGUUCUUCAGCAUAUUAGCGGCUACCAAGGACCAUCCAACAGGCUGACUCGGCAUCUUCUGGAACAGCAUGAGAGAUCUGCACCGCCUGACGGUGUAGUGAACAUAACGCACGAGAUGGAACUCGUUCAUAUAAUUAGCAUAGACGAAGUAAGACAGGUCAUACGAGUCUUAGUCUACGUUGUUGAACAAUGGGAUGAUCCAACACUCAGCUGGGAUCCAACCAACUUUUCUGGCCUUCGUUUUACUUGGUUACCAGAGGAUUCGAUAUGGAUUCCAGACAUUAUAGUGUUCAACAUGCUGAAUCAUCAAGAGCUUCUACAAUCCGUACGUUCUCCAGUUCGUAUCGAGUUCAAUGGACGAGUCACAUUUUCAUAUCCUGCCAUCUACUCAGUAAUGUGUAGGAUAAACGUGGCGAAGUUCCCUUUUGAUACGCAAAAAUGCGAUCUCCGAAUAGCAUCAUGGGGUUACGGAGAGGAAAAAAUUUUGCUAAAUGCCAGCAGCAAGCCAUUUUUGCAACACUAUGCUGCAAAUGAAGAGUGGGCACUACAGGAGGUCGGGAUCACUCAGGACCACUAUGAUCAUGAGGGAACAGUCGUGAGCGAAGCGAAAUACAUUGUAUCCAUUUCCAGGAAACCAUUCUACUAUCUAGUCAGCCUCGUACUGCCAAGCUACAUCAUAUGUAUGCUUUCAGUAGGAGGACUAUUUGCGAGAUUUUCUACAAAACAUGAACGACAGGAAAGAUUCACGUUGGGAGUUACAGCAAUACUCAGUAUGGCGGUACUUUCGCUUGUAGUGACGGAGAAAGUGCCACAUAGCUCAGAAGAAGUUCCUUUGCUAAUUGUCUACUUUCACUUCAACAUCGUCAUGGUCACGUUGGCUACUACAAUCACGUCUGCAGUGAUGAGAGUACAUUCAAAAGGAUUUUCCAGUCGAUUACUACCACCACCAAUGUGGCUGCUACGAUACUUGUAUAUCCGUCGAGCUCAAUUUACUUCAAUUCCUAAUGGGAACUCCGCCAAUGCCAAGAGAGUGAUGAUAGCGGAGCAGUGGGGUGCGGUAUCUCGAAGGAUGGACCACUUACUGGCGCUGUUCUUUCUCGCAACCGUCUCCGCUCCUACGAUGUAUCUAUUUCUACUCUGCUUCUCCAUGGAUAACAGUGCUCAGGAGAGAGCAUUACUGAACGGAGCUCGAGAAGCCACGGCUAAAUUUUGA